CGCUAAAAAUGACGUCACGAUCCGAAAAUAGGUCAGACUAGAAAAUUUUCUACAAUACAAAAUGGCUUCGCUAGAAAACAACUCCGUACAAAACGAUGCAUAUCUAAACAUUGACGAGAUGGAUGACUACUAUCUUUCGCGGCAGAGUAGUCAAGAUGUCUCCGACAGCACUGACAGUGAAGAAGAGUCGGAUACAUUCGCUUUGAAUGUCCCAGGAGUAGUUCAAGUGCAGCCGUACAUCCACGAUCCCCCAGCCCCUGAUCAUCAUGUCGGACCAGUUGAUGUCCUGACAAUAAAUGAUCCAGAUUAUCGCAAUAGAUUGGAAGAUUGGUGUGAGUGUGAUCUUCACUGCACAAUACUUCCAAACCCCAUUGAGAGAGAGUGUUGCGUGGAAAGUCCAUCAGCAAUGGAGAAGUUAGACAAGGAGGUUUUACGUGGAACAACAACUGAGAGGCGGAGAUGCAUUACUAGGCAUAGUGGUUUCCGUGGUGUGUGCAUGGAUCGGGAUGUCCUAGAAACAGCUUGGGGGCGCUACAAAUCUCAGUAUCCUGAUGGCUAUGAAGGUCCGGACCACAAGAAGAUGCGUCAUAUAGCAUAUAGACAGUAUCAACAGUGGAUACAUGGUCACCUUGGUCGCCAUGUGCGGAUAAUCAUCCCAUCUUGUUGCGUGAGCCUCAUCAGAGAGACAUUCCCUGCGCCUGAGUUGGACCCAGUGUAUACUGGCUUCCAACAGUAUGAUCAAGAGGACCAGAUGGACUGACUUUAGCGAGUUUCGCUACCAUCUCCUUCAGUCUGAAUUUCAGACAGAAGGACCCAUUUCUUUCAGAAGAGAAAUUGGUUUUAUGAAUAUGAAAUGAAUAGUGUUGUUCAGUGUGCACUGCACUAAAUUUAUUACCUAAGUUGAGUAAUGAAUGUUACGGAUAGUGCUGUAUGACUUACCUGUUUCCUCAUAUAGUGUGUUGUAUGACUUACCUGUACCCUGUAUGGUGUGUUGUAUGACCUACCUGUACUCAUAUAGUGUGUUGUAUGACUUACCAGUAUCCUAAUAUAAUGUGUUGUAUGAUAUAUCUGUACUCAUAUAGUGUGUUGUAUGACAUACCUGUAUCCUCAUAUAGUGUGUUGUAUGAUUUACCUGUGCCCUGUGGUGUGUUGUAUGGCCUACCUGUACUCAAAUAGUGUGUUGUAUGACCUACCUGUACCCCGUGUAGUGUGUUGUAUGACAUACCUGUACUCAUAUAGUGUGUUGUAUGACUUACCUGUAUCCUAAUAUAGUGUGUUGUAUAACUUACCUGUACCCCGUAUAGUGUGUUGUAUGACCUACUUGUACUCAUAUAGUGUGUUGUAUGAUUUACCUGUAUCCUCAUAUAGUGUGUUGUAUGACUUACCUGUACCCUAUAUAGUGUGUUGUAUGACCUACUUAUACUCAUAUAGUGUGUUGUAUGAUUUACCUGUAUCCUCAUAUAGUGUGUUGUAUGACCUACCUGUAGUCAUAUAUUGUGUAGUAUGACUUACCUGUACCCUGUAUAGUGUGUUGUAUGACCUAUUUGUACUCAUAGUGUGUUGUAUGAUUUACCUGUAUCCUCAUAUAGUGUGUUGUAUGACCUACCUCUAGUCAUAUAUUGUGUAGUAUGACUUACCUGUACCCUGUUUAGUGUGUUGUAUGACCUACCUGUACUCAUAUAGUGUGUUGUAUGAUUUACCUGUAUCCUCAUAUAGUGUGUUGUAUGACCUACCUGUAGUCAUAUAUUGUGUAGUAU